CCCACCUCGAAGGUGAGCUUCAUCUUGAUCGCUGCCCCCGAUCUCCUUAUAACGGCGCUGGCUCGCUCGUGAGCUGAGCCUCACAAAGGAAUCGCUUUUUUUCAGUUUCCCCGUCGCGAGCUUGAGUGUGAUUUGGCACAGUCCUUCACAAUGCCGACUCUGUUUCCUGCUCCGUCUACCCUAAGUCAGGUAUUUUCAGGCUGCUCGGUUAUCGCGCACUCCGUUCCUGAAAGCCCCUCGAAACGCGCUGCAAAGUGGAACGCCCGACACGAGCUCUACACCGCGUGGAGCGCCGCGGACGAUGCUAGAAAUAAGGCUGCGAAACUGAGCGAUGCUGCCGUCGCGGAGUUCGAAAAAGCAAGCAGCAAGGCUCAGGCGAAGGUAGGCGGUAUAGAGCUGUAUUCGGCCAAGUUCUAUGCAGCAUGCACCGUGGGUGGUAUCAUGGCCUGCGGCCUGACGCAUACCGCUGUCACGCCGCUCGAUCUCGUGAAGUGUAGGCGCCAGGUCGACUCGAAGAUGUACAAGGGCAAUUUCGAAGCGUGGAGCAAGAUUGGCCGCGCUGAAGGUCUUCGCGGUGUCUUCACUGGCUGGAGCCCAACGUUCUGGGGUUAUUCGGUCCAAGGUGGUCUGAAAUACGGCGGGUAUGAAUUCUUCAAAAAGUACUACGCGGACCUCGCUGGUGAAGAAAACUUCCACAAGUACAAGACCCUCAUCUACCUGGCGGGCAGUGCGUCUGCGGAGUUUAUUGCCGACAUUGGCCUUUGUCCGUUUGAAGCUGUCAAGGUGCGCAUGCAGACGACCAUCCCACCGUUCGCAACGGGGACGUUGAACGGCAUCAACACCAUUGUGGGGAAGGAAGGCGUCGCAGGACUGUACAAAGGCCUGUACCCGCUCUGGGGCAGACAGAUCCCGUACACUAUGAUGAAGUUCGCCUCGUUUGAAACCGUCGUCGAGAUGAUCUACCACCGCCUCCCGGGCCAAAAGAGUGACUACGGCAAGGGCGCACAGACGGCGGUGUCCUUCACGGGAGGCUACAUUGCCGGCAUUCUGUGCGCGAUUGUCAGCCAUCCCGCGGACGUCAUGGUGUCGAAGCUCAAUGCGACGCGCCAGGCGGGAGAGAGCUUCGGCGCGGCGACGGGCCGCAUUUACAAGGACAUUGGGUUUGGCGGUCUCUGGAAUGGUUUGCCAGUGAGGAUUGUCAUGAUUGGCACGCUCACAGGUCUGCAGUGGAUGAUUUAUGAUUACUUCAAGAUCUUCAUGGGAUUGCCGACGACUGGAGGCGCGCCACCUGAGGAAAAGAAGAAUGCGUGAUUAUGCGGUGGCGGGUUAUCCCUGUCCAAUUGUACUAUGAUCAAGAGUGCAUCGUAGCCUUACCUACUUGUAGUUUAUUAGUAGUUGAUUCCUCCUCGAGUAGAAAUACGGUCCGA